GAUUGAGCAUCUCUGGAAGGAAAUUCAUUGGAAAGCGUGAUGUUUGCAAUUCAGCGUCACUGGAAGUGUCAAUACCACGUGGUUUUUGUUUUGCUUUUUCUGUGUGAAAAUGGCUCGUAAAUUUCUGGAUAUAUUGAGCGAAUAUUCAGCAAUUCUAGCUGAUAAUGGUGGUGUAAAAAGCGAAGGAGAUCUAGUUGAAGAAAAAGUGCGCCUCUUUGAAAAACACAUCGAAAGAAAGUUUGAAGAGAAUGUGCCAAGCGAGAGGAAAUUGACGCUUUUCCUCUGUGAUAUACUUAUGUAUAUUGCUACAGAUGAUGAAGCAGUUAUUUCUAAGGAAGAUAAUGACUUGAUAUAUUUGGGAUUAAUGGAAAUUGUACUGCACGGAAUAUGCAGAAGUCUACCGGAAAGCAUAAAUCCGCGGAAUGUCCUGAAAAGGACGGAGAUUGACAUCACGUCUGUCUCUAUAGAUUAUAUUCCCCUACAAUUCAUUGAGGAAUGCGUUUCUACAAUUGAAAUUGUGCUCAGGAUGAGAAAUUUUUCAACAGAUCAAUCUCUAGAGAUGGUUUGUCUACAUCAAAUUGCCAGUUUAGUGUACAUAAAAGCAACUAAGAAGAGUUCCAAGAUCCUUUCUGAGCGCAAUUUGCUCACAAACCCCGAAGGGGUGAUCAAAAAGGACCUUUUGAUGAGAUAUCUUCUUCUAUUGAAAGGCUCUCCUCAACUUCCCAGGGAGUUUUCACAAGUCUUGCAUGAAGAACUGACAAGGCUGCUUCAUCUUCCUGGAGGAUUUCUCUCACUGGCCAAUAAUAUUGUCGCGUCAAAGGAACAAAACUCUCCUCAAUGGAAGAAAUGUGAGACACUGGCAAAAAUAAUCGCUUCUCCAGGUCAUGGAAGUUCGUUUUAUCUCUUCAUCGUUGAGGAAAUUGCUUCUGAAGCCGUAGAUGCGAUUGAGAGAGGAGAUGAUCUCAUUGUGGAAGCUUCAAUUGUUUGUUUGAAUUCCCUUCAUGGGGUGAAGAGCAAGGGAGUGAAGAGAAGAGUUGAAGAAAUAUUCGUUGGAACCUUCAAGAGACUCUCAGAUCCUGAGGAAAGCCUCACAGGCGUGAUUCUAUUGGACAACAAAGCAUUAACGAGCAAUUUGAAGCUAAAUGCAAGAGCAUUUAGAGGAUCAGUUUCCGGAGCUAAGAGUAGUAUCUUGGUGAAUGUUCUUCCUAUUCUAUUUGAACUUCACGCAAAGUUUCCAGAUAACUGUUUUCACCAAGAAAUCCUCAAGGAUCUCAUUGUGAAGUGCCUCAGCAAUAGAAGUGAUGAAGAACUACAUAAAUUAGUGGAGAUUUUUCUCUUUGGGGAGAAUCAUCCUAAUCUUUUGAGGCUUCAUCCUCGAGUUAUGGUGAAAGAGAUGAGGAAAGGUGAGUUUUCCAUUCAAAUAGGACCAGUGGAAGACAUACAAGAGAUGGAAACGUCGGGAAAUCUAUUGAAGAUUCUCAAGCAAUCCAAUCACAACCUGUUGACAUACAAUGUCUUGAAAAUACUUUUUGGAUUGUUUGAAAAAUGCCUUCAAGAAAAGACGAAGCAGCCAGAAUUGGGUCUUCUAGAAGCUGAAGAUGUGCAUCAAGUGAUUGAAGAAACUUUCAAACGAAAAACUCUACUGAUAGUGAGCCUCUCUGAACUGUUAAGCUUCCAGCCAAUUCAUUUUCUCUUGCGAGAGAAUCCUCAGGAUAUUGUGCCAUUUAUACUCAAUGUUUUUCGGAAUGAAGCUGAAAAGGAUCUUAAAGAGGAAGUGGACACAGAAACUGUGAUUAUUCUGAUGUCAAUUUUAAGGGAAUUUGUAGCGGCAGAAAAGACAGAGGCAUUCAGGACAGAAUUGAUAAAACUUUUGCGGACAAUCCAAUCGAAAACCCAAGAAAUCUCUCAAUACAUCGAUAUAUUCUUGGAGGAAAUCAUAGACGAAAAGAAGAGCACCACCGUGAAGUCAAAGUUCCAGGAAGUCCGUCAGCUGUGCGAUGAGAAAAUGCCCCACAUUAGAGUUUACGGGAUGAGCGAGAUGAUCAAAUUGAUUGAACAGAAAGACGUGGAAACUCUUGCAAAUCUUCACUCAAUAUUUCACGUGGUUUUGCAAUAUCUAUCAGAUGAGGAUUCCUAUUCCUUCCUCACCUGUAUUCGCCUUCUCGUCUUGCUGACAAUGUACCUGAAUGAGACAGCAAUUGAAACUCUUGUUCAUGAAUACGAAAACCCGGAUAAAGAAAUGGACUUCAGACUGAAAGUAGGAGAAGUGAUUGUAAAGAUCACUGAAAGUUUGGGUCAAAUGGCGUUCAAAUUUAAAGGAAUUCUCAUCAGUUGCUUCUUGAGAGGCUCUGGAAAUCCUCAUAACGAAUUUCGGACAUCUUCGCUGUACAAUCUAGGCAACAUUUGUCGACUUUUGACAUACCAAAUUCACAAUUUCUUCCAUGAAAUGAUCAACACAAUCUAUUCCAUUCUGCAGACAGACAAAUAUCUGCCUAGCCGAAGAGCCGCAAUUCUCACUCUUGCUCAAAUACUCGAGGGUGUGGACAAUCUGCUAGACUUCCAAGAUUUCCUGCUGCCAACAUAUCGCCUUCUGAAAAGCGUGAAGGAAACAGAGGUAGAUGAGCGGUGUCGAAUUCAUGCGGAAAAUGGGUUAAAAGUACUGAACGAGAAAGUUAAGAAAAGUUUACAUUCUGAGGCGAAAAUGCAGAAAGAGAUUAAGAUCUUUGGCAUAAAAGAUGAGGAGAAGCGAGAGAGGACAUCAAUAUUGGAGAUUUAAUGAACAUAAAAUGCAGUGAAACAGAAAAAUA